UUUUGUGUGUCGUUGAGUUCAAUUUCUCCAUCAAGAUGGUGAUCAAGAUUCCUAUUUAGCAACGUUUCGCGUGAUUAUGGUCAACUUACGGAUGAAAAUUUAAUGUUUGGAACCCGUAGAAAGGUCGCAUGUUGACGACUACAUAAAAACUUAAUUUAUUCGGAAUCGUCAUCAAUAAUAUUGAACUAUUUAAAUGUCUGGUGCAAUCGAGUCAUUGCUAGAUACAAAACAUCGAGACUCGCAAAGCUCUGAAACGGUGUAAAUUAGAAAAAAGAUUUUUAACGGAAAGCUAUGUCGGAACAGUCUUCGUCAAGCUCACCAAAGCAACAGGAUACCAAAAGUUAUCCAAAAGAAAGUCAAGAUGAACAGCCCCGAAAUAAUUCCGAGCCACAGACGAAAUGGAUUUGCGAGUACUGCACCUAUGAAAAUUAUCGUCUAUCGUUGAAAUGUACUAUGUGCAAGGGCCAGAAACCACUGCUGAAUGAGGAUAUUUUCAGGCUCAGCCCCACGCAGCAGUUGAGUACUACCAAAAAAACUACAUCUAAUUUAGCCAGUGGACCAUCCAAAACGUCCCCAGUCUGCGAAAGUGAUGGUAGUCAAAAGUGGUUCUGUAAUGUCUGUUCUUACCACAAUUUUCUCGAAUCGCGUCGAUGUUUCCAAUGCAAUAGUAAGCGCGAAGAAGAUCUGUUCAAUAAACCAGUAACCCACAAAUAUCAGCCUCAGAAAUCCUCGCCCCCUAAAGUUAUAUCAGAGUAUGAAAGCUUGAGUGACCAGUUAAACGCAUUAAAUAUCUGUCGUAGUUCUGGUGAUGAUGAUUCCCUUGAUCUGUUUGCGCCCGGUGUUGGCAGUGCUAGAAAGAAAAAUAAUUCUCCUAUGCAUAGAAGUACAUCAACUUCGGAACGAUCAUUGGACAGUGCUAGAGAUAGUGAUCCUAGUGGCGGAGCUAAAACUCAAUCUCCAACAUCAGUCUCUCCGAUGAAUACUUGUGCACGAUCAGCAGGCAAUGCCGGAAAAUGGUUUUGUGUUGUUUGUACUUACGAAAACUGGCCAAAAUCGUUAAAAUGCUCGAUGUGCUUACAUCCUCGUGAGACGAAUAGUGGUCGAGCGGCUCAAGCAUCUGCCAAACUGUCCCCAGAGCAUGAAGAAAAUGUUGCCAGCAACAUAGUUGUGAAUAAUAAAAGAAAUCAGCAGCUUGUACGUGACCAGGAACCGAUGAAUAAUCUGGACGUUUAUCAACAGGAACGAUAUAUGCGUCAGCUAAGGAGACAGCCAGAUUGGCAGUGGCUUAAUGCGUGCAUUGGAGUUGCUGAAAACAAUGUAGGAGCUGUGGAAACCUACUUGGGCUGUGGCGGUGAUCCCAGCCGGGCGCUUACCCCGGCGGAAGUAAGCUUACUUAAUCAUAAUAAUAUUGCUUUCGAUAUUGGUCAUACACUAAUCCAUCUGGCGAUCCGCUUUCAUCGUGAUGAGAUGCUGCCGCUUCUGUUGGCUCAAAUUUCCGGUUCUGGACCGGGUAUCAAACGGGUACCGUCCUAUGUAGCUCCCGAUUUAGCGAGUGACAUUAGGCGGCAUUUUGGCCUUUCGUUACGUAUGCGGAAAGCCGCAUUCAACUGCCAGUACGUGAAUGAGCACGCUACCUUUUCUCUGCCUGCUGAUAUAGAAGAACUUCCGCUGGCACUUCAGGAACAACUUUACGACGAACUGCUAGAUCGCGAUGCCCAGAAGCAGUUGGAGAUGCCACCACCAGCACUCAACUGGUCACUGGAAAUCACCGAUCGGCUGGGAUCUCGUCUGAUGGUGCUAUGGAAUCGGAGCGCCGGUGAUUGCUUGCUCGACUCGGCCAUGCAAGCAACAUGGGGUGUGUUCGAUCGUGAUAAUACGUUAAGAAGAGCCCUAGCCGAUAGUCUGCACCAAUGCGGACGCUUUUUCUAUUCACGUUGGAAAGAAAAUGAAAUCCUCCAAGCCGCAUUGCUGCACUACACCGUAUCUGAAGCUCAGCUAGAGGAAGAUUGGAGCACUCUCUUAUCGCUUGCUAGUCAGCCCGGAUCGUCGCUCGAACAGUUGCAUAUCUUUGCUCUCGCGCAUAUUCUGCGUAGGCCUAUAAUCGUAUAUGGGGUGAAAUACGUAAAGAGCUUUCGUGGCGAAGACAUCGGUUAUGCACGCUUUGAGGGAGUCUACUUGCCGCUGCUGUGGGAACAAGGUUUCUGUCUAUCAUCGCCGAUUGCGCUCGGAUAUACGAGGGGUCACUUUAGUGCACUAGUUCCAACCGAACCGUACUCGCGGAUUGACGCCGCUCGUGACGACAGAGAGGAUAUCACGUUUUUGCCACUAAUGGAUUGCGAAAUGAAGCUCCUUCCUAUUCAUUUUUUGAAUAACAAUGAGAUUGGUCGAGAAGAAGUAAUCAUGCGCCAGUGGUUAGAGGUAUGUGAAACCGAGGGUGGAUUACUGGUUGCACAGCAAAAGCUUCACAAACGUCCGCUGUUAGUAGCCCAAUUACUGGAAGAGUGGCUUAAUCACUAUAGAAGAAUAGCAAUUUCGAGGCUAUUUUAAAAACUGCUUUACUUGAACUGUUGAGAAAUUUUAAACAUACCAAUAAUUUUAACAGUAGUGCAGUAUAACACAUAUACUACCGCAAUCGUAUAUGUGAACAAUUUGCAGCAAUGUAAUGUUAAAGCCAAAAAAAUCAAGCGCUAUCACACCGCGAACAUCUGCACAGUAUCGAACGUACAUCGAACGUCAAUUAACAUACUUAACUACUCAUCAUUCGGAGAAUCGGAUACGACCCUCUAGCACAAAAUUAGUCCUAUCUAUCUGUAUUGUCAGCACUGUUCACAGCGGAAACAACGAUCAGUUUCGAUAUUAACAAUUUGCUAAAAUAAUACCACGACAACCCACGGAUUCCCACCAACAGCGAAGCAGCGGCGCAGCACAGUUGUAGAGAUUGCGAAGGAGUUAUUAAAUAUGAUGCACUAGUACUUUGCCAAUUUGAAAAAUUGCUAAAAUACCAAGCCAACUAUUCAGGAUAGAUGUAAUCUAUGAACUCGAGUGGCUCUGUUAUGUUUGUUAAGUUUUAUGAAAUUUAAAAGUUUUUGUUCGGGAUUCUACUUGGGUGUGUACAUACUUUCAUUUCAUCGAAUUGUAGGUAAGUUUAUCUAUAUACAAAUAUAAAGUGAAAACAAAUAAAUUAUUUUCCAGUCAUCAAUUGA